AUGCCUACGUCAUACAGAGAGCUCGGGAUGGCGGCUGAUUUAACUCCUCGUUUCAGAAGGCUGAACAGCCAAACGAGAAGUUUUCGUGAAAAUAUACAUAAUGGUUUCUCGGGCCCCUUCGGCGCCACCCAGCUGUGGCACAACAUCAUCCGGGCCCUGCAGCUCCAGGUGGAGGUGCGCCGCUGUCGAAGGCACCUGCGCGCUCACGCCGCGUGCUUCACGGGCUCGGACGCCGUGGACGCCGUGCUCAGCUACUUGAUGCAGAAUGUGGCGUUCUGCGCCAGCGAGGUGUCGCGCCUCAAAGCCGCUCGCCUCUGCCAGGCUCUGAUGGAGGCCAAGGUGUUCGAGCCGGUGGGCACCAAGCUGUUCCGCAGGGACAAGGAAGUGACCUUCGAGGACAGCGGCUGCAGCCUGUACCGCUUCCUGGAUUACAGCGCGGUACCCGGUCCCGCCGGGAGGGAGCGCGACGCGGAAGACGCGCCGCAGGAGGAAGAGGGGCUGAAGAGGAGGAAGAGCUCCAGGAGGCUGAAUGAACUGAGGACGAUCUCUAAUCCCCUCGCCGUGGGGUCGUCGGACAGGAGGGUGGAGAGGCUGCUGAGGACCAUCAACCUGAGGCCGGCCUUGUCUCCGGCUGUUAACGCGACCCCCGCUGCUUCUGCCUUUCUGUCCAAAGCCGCGGUGAAUGAGGUCUGGAAGCAGCAGACGCUGCUGCAGCUGCUGCAGGUGGUGGAGUUGCCCAUGCUGGACCGCAUCCUGACCUCCCCCACCAGGGUCCAGCUCCAGACCUGCAGAGCUCCUCUGGCCACCCAGGACCUGGUUAUCUCCAACACGUGCCUGGAGAGAGAGCUGCCCGACACCCUCAAUCUGCCCGAGUUGGAUGGCUGGCUGGCGGCAGCGGCAGACUGCUUGGAGCUCUUCCCCGACCAGCUGAUUGUGGUCGCAGGGGAACAGCUCAGCCACCGGGUUGUCGGCGCCUCCUCCUCAGAGGCCCGGGCGGAGCAGAUGGCGAGCCAGAAGAGGGUGCUCUUUGACACCAUUGCCAAGUACUACAGUGGACAGGAAAGAGCUCCGCUUCUCUCGGGACGCCACCUGGACAUCCACGCUGCCAUUCUGGACUCGCUGGAUGAAGGGAAGGUGCAGAAUGCCGUCAAAGCAUCUCAGCUGUGUUUCCGACUGCUGGAGACGAGCGCGAGGGAUGAACUCCGGAGGCUGCUGGUCUUCAUGGCGACCGCAGCUCACCCGGAUGCUUGCCGUCUUCAGAAACAGAUUGAUAACCGGGCCUCGGUGUGCCGGGCUUUCCAGAGAGGAAUAAUCCAGAAUCAUCAACUGACCCGACCCCAAAGCGAAACGCUGGUGCUGUUUCUGGUGGAUAAUUGCACAGAGCUCUUCAAGACUCCCACAUCCCUGACUGAAGCUGUGAGGAGAACUCUCCGGACCAUGCAGCAAGGGAAAGACCCCGACUCAAUUGCCACUUUCACCUUCUGCCAGCAGGUGACGCCACAGGAGUACGAGGACCAGCGAGAGGCGACCACGCUGCAGAGCCUCAAGCAGCUGCUUCGCGAUAUUUCCUCCUGCAAAACCGUACCUGCCAAGGAGAGGAGGAGGCUGCUCAGAGAGUUUGAGAAACUCCACCCCGUGGUCUUCCUCCAGCAUUUCCACAGCACCUUCUGAAAACCACCGACGGGUUUGGUUUGUUCGGUGCACUUCACAAAGCCAGUUUGCAGUGGUGCAGCGCUUACACUGAAGAUUGAUCAUGAGUUAAUGCAUUUUUAAUUAAUUUAAAAAGCCGUUUAGCGAUUGAUUAGUGUAGAUAUUACUUGAAUUAAUACAAAUGGGGCUGCUACAGCAUGGCUGUAGACUCCCAGGAUGCCUUUGAGUCACAAGAGGCCUCCAAUAGUUGAGGUUGUAGAUUUUAAGCACUAUUUGUUUUAAUAUCGUUCUUACAGCCCUGUAGCACUGGAUGCAUUGUCUAUUUUAAUGAACAUCGCAUUUUGAGAGAUAUAAGUCUGUUCGUCCAAGCCAUGGGUUUAAUAAUAGUUGUGAAUGGGGUUUUGCACAAGUUUAUAAACAAUGAAUUAUCAGCUCAUUUAUGAUAUCAGGUGCCUGCAUGGGGGGUAGUCUGUGAGCUGGGAAAGCUUCAGCUGUUGCUGCUGCUUUCCAUUUAGGUUUCUUUAAUUGUACACUUGACACUGAUUAUGUAUUAUUGAGAUGAAUACUGUUUAAAAGAGGGCAUUUGCUUUUAUACUGUAGAGCACGGUCGAUGCCAAGAAAAGCAUCAUGUGUACAUCCUGGUCCAGCUGUGGAUGCUUUAUUUGGAUACGCUAUGUUAACUGCUUUUGGACAUGUGGUUUGCAGAAGUAAUGCUGUGCACUUUGACCUGGCUUUAAUAUUUUUCUAUUAUGACAAUUUUUGUUUGUUUUGUUUUCCAGGCUUGCUGUAGCAUGCUGUCUGGUUAAGGAAACAUAAACACAACGCUAAUGCAGCUGAAUAAAGUUUAACACUGACAUUGCAAGAUUUUUCUUAUAUGAAAACGGAUAUGAAAUGUCAGCAGAUGGGGUAAAAUAAUCAGCUAACCAUAGCUCAGUUUAUUAUUACAUGAUUUCAUUCACAGGGGUGUUGAGCAUUAUUUUAGUGCCAUUAUAUUGAUCAAAUGUCUUUUGAUUGUGAGGAUUUUACUUGAGGGGACAUUAAGUCUUUACACAAGAUGUGUACUAAAUAAUAAUGUAAUGUUAUUUUAAACUACUAAAUUAAUCUGGUUAAGCAAGAUGCUUCAGUUGGAUUGAAUUAUUCUAAUUAUUGACAAUGAUCAUGCAGAAGUAAUUUGCAGGCAAAUCUCAUUUCAUUUCUGCUUUUUUUUGUUCUUUACAUACACUGAAAUCAUGUUAGAUUGCACUUUAUGAGGCUGAAGCCUGCUUUAUUUUUUUGUAACAAAACUUCUAAUAAAUGUUUAACUGAU